AUGGAAGGUUUCAAGUUACUAGUGCUUUUGGUGCUGCUGAUAAUACCCCAAUUUUAUUCAACUACCAGCGGAUAUAGCCAUCGGCGUCCUGGUUUUGCACAGCGCUUGCAGAUUAAACCAGGCUGCUUGCAGGUGCCUCAGAAAUAUACCGAAGCUCCAACUCCAACGCCGACUAUAAUCUUUUCUUCAUUGGAGGAGGUCAGCGAAGCAGAAGCAGAUUAAUCGUACUAAAGUUCCCCGCCGAGUGUGAGUUCCCUGUUUGUUUGUAGCUUAUCAGUUUCCGUCUGUGAAGCCCCUGUUAUAAGAUGAGGCCUAUAUAAACGCGGUCAUUUCAUGAGAGAUCA